CAAAGGAAAAGGAAGAGGCGGGGCUAAAGGUUCAGUAAUGGUUGCCGCGAUGUUCCCGGGUGUGUGAUAGGCCUGCGUGUUAGAAAAUAUUACCCUUCGAGACUUCUCUCUGUGCCUGGUUUUGAAGAAGUAAAGCCCUUAGAAGUCACGAGACUGCUGCGAUACUUGGGAGGAGGUGAACGCGGAUAGCCCGUAGCAGCGGGAACAGGCAGAUCGCUGUGCCUCCGGAGCUGGACGUGGAGACUCUGACAUAUGUAAAGCAUCGGACAGCUUUCAUUCCAGUGUCAGGCUGCCGACAGUUGUCACGGCGGUGACUGUUCUCAGGCAAAAAGAUGCAAAAUCUGUCUGCACAAGUAACAAGCGACUUCCUGCAGUUUCCUGACGCAACUGUAAAAGCACUUGAGGAAGAUGAUAUACAGUUGGAUUCUGUUCUUCGGGCAAAAUUUUCAACAGGUAAAGCUGGACUAGCUUGGUUGGCUUGUGGACCUCAGCUGGAAGUUACUAAUGCUGUAACUGGUGAAAGACUUUCUGCCUACCAUUUUAGUGGAGUGACUGAACGACCUCCUACUGUUGUAACAGUCAAAGAGUUUUCCUGGCAAAAGAAGACUGGAUUACUUGUGGGACUAGUGGAAGCAGAAAGCAGCGUUCUCUGCCUGUAUGAUGUUGGCAUUUCAAGAGUAGUUAAAGCUGUCGUAGUUCCUGGUUCGGUAACGUCUGUUGAACCUAUAAUCAAUCAUGGUGGAGCUAGUGCAAGCACUCAACAUUUACACCAAAGUUUAAGAUGGUUCUUUGGUGUUGCUGCAGUGGUUACAGAUGUUGGACAUGUUCUUCUUAUUGAUUUAUGCAUGGAUGAUGUAUCGGGAAAUCAGGAUGAGAUGGAAGCAUCAGACUUAGAAGUAAUGAGUGGAAUUCCAGCCGAAAUUCCAAAACUGCGAGAAGCGGCAUCAAGAGAACGUCGACAUUUAUGUCUUCAAUUGCUAGCUCCAUCUGGAACGUCAGUAACUGCACUCAGCUUUAUAAGCAGAACUAACCAGCUGGCUGUUGGAUUCUCUGAUGGAUAUCUCUCCUUAUGGAACAUGAAAACUUUACGAAGAGAAUACCAUGUUCAAAUUGAAGGGGGAAAGGUUCCUGUGUCUGCAGUUACUUUUCAAGAGCCUGAGAAUGACCCCCGGAAUUGCUGCUAUCUUUGGGCUGUUCAGGCCACUCAGAGUGGAAAAGAUAUAAGCCUACAUUUGUUGCAGUUGGCGUUCGGUGACAGAAAAUGCUUGGCAUCGGGACAAAUUAUUUAUGAGCACUUGGAAUAUUGUGAGGAAAGAUACAGCUUGGAUCUUUCAGCUAGUUCAUUGUCAUUGUCUUUGAGAAGUCAAACCAACAGUACAAAGUUGUUGGGCUGUCAGACCAUAGAAAAAUUUCGUGCUCAUAGUGAAAGAGAAGAUGGGCUUCAUGAAGUUUCAUCACCUGAUACCAGUGUCACAAUCUUCAGCUGGCAAGUAUCUACUUAUGGGCAUGGUAAACCAUCAAUCUAUAUGGCAGUGUUUGACAUAAAUCGUUGGUAUCAAGCCCAGAUGCCUGAUUCUUUAAGGCCUGGUCAGUUUCUCAGAAAUUGCUCCUACAUUGCUUUCUGGUCACUUGAAGCUGUGGUGAAUGUGACUCAGGACAGCAUCUUUGAUAUGCUUGUGCAUGAGCGGAGUUUUAGCAGAGGAGCUCCAACAUCAUACCCACCUCCAGAGCAAUUCUUCUACCCCAGCACUUACAAUUUUGAUGCCACAUGUUUGCUGAGCUCUGGACUAAUUCAUAUUACUUGCACUGGGUUUCAGAAAGAGACUCUGUACUUUUUGAAGAAUUCUGGCUCAUCCUUAAAUGAAACAAUACCUGAUGGCUAUAGUAGAUGCUUAGUAGCUGGUCUAUUGUCUCCAAGACUUGCUGAUGUUCAGCCUUCAAGCUUGAGUCAAGAAGAACAGUUACAAGCUGUGUUAUCAACAGCUGUUGAAACUAGUUCCAUAAGCCUUUUAACUCGCUGUAUCAAACUAUGGACUGCAGAAGAGCAACCAAGAUCUGCAACCAACUUGCGCUUUGUUCUGGAGUGGACGUGGAAUAAAGUGUCUCUUGUAAAGAGAGAAUUUGACAGACUCUGCCUUCCGUUGUUUGAUGGAUCUUGUAAUUUUAUUGACCCUCAAACACUGCAUUCUCUACAUCACUGUCAGCUGCGUCUCCGCAACCUGACCACUGUCCUGAACUGUUUUAUUACGGAAGCCCAAGAACUUACUAAACAAGGGCUUAUUGAUCUUGCAAAUAAACAGUCAGUGACAAAGCUCUUAGCUCAGUAUGCCUCUAUUGUGCUUUGGUUUUGUCGAUGUGGGCUUCUACCAGAUUACUCAGAUGAAGCUAUGCAGUUGACCAGGCCUUGCUACAAUUACAAUCGAAUGCAGCAGUACUACGCAGAGCGACGGAAGAAGUUAGAUAACGUAUCUAGAGGCAAAUGGAAUGCCAGUUCGUUGAUGAUUGAUGGGAUGGUUUGCCACCUUGGGGAAAAAGUUGAGCAGUUAUGGAAGAGAGAUGGAGGCACAGGCAAAUAUCCACCUGCCACAUUACAUGCACUUUUGGAUCUGUAUCUCCUAGAAAAUGCUGAUGAAAUAAGCAAGCAUGCUAUUACAAUUUAUUUUUUAUUGGACAUCAUGUACUCCUUUCCAGACAAGCCUGAUUCUGCUAUAGAAUCAUUCCCUACUGCUUUUUCUGUCCCAUGUGGACUCGUAAAGCUUAUUCAAGGAUUUUGGCUGCUGGAUCACAAUGAUUAUCAGAAUUCUCUGGACUGUAUUCUUCACCCCGCUGCAAGUCGUGUGAUGAGUUGGCAGCAUAAUCAGAUCAUUGAAACUUUAUUGUGCCAAGGUGACUACAGACAAGCCCUGCGCUAUAUACAAGUAAUGAAACCUCCAGCAGUUAGCAGUGCAGAUGUCAGACUACAUAUCACAGUACUGCUGGCCAACAAAAAUCUUAUUGAGGCUUGGAAUCUACAGAGACUUCACUCCACCAGACUGAAUGUAGAAGAGCUUUUAAAGCACAUGUAUGAAGCAUGCCAAGAAAUGGGACUCAUGGAAGAUCUGUUAAAAUUAACUUUCACUGAUUGUGAGCAGGGAUUUUUACAAAGGUUUUUGCAGACAACUGGGGGUGUGCAGAAUCAAGAACUGCUUCUGGUACAUCACUUGCAAAGAGCCAACUACAUCCCAGCUCUGCAGCUGAACCAGUCUUUGAAAGGUUACCAAAUGUUUGAUUCUGAUCGAAAGCUUCGAGAGAGAGCAGUGGCCCGUAAUGCUAUAAUUGAUCAGUAUAGCAAAACACUGCCAGGGGUACAGCGAACUCUUGCAGGUGAAAGGACUAAACACUCUGCGUUAUCCUCGACGAUUUGGAAGGAAGUGACCAGGCCCAAGCCCUUAUCUACUGUUGUAAAACAAGCUCCUUCAGGAAGUGUUAUGAGUAAGGCAACAUUUAUCAGCAAUGUACUGAUGAAGAUAAAAGAAGUUUCCUCCACAGAUGUUCAAAUGGACUUCUCUCCCUAUAAAAGUUUACCCACUGAAGAGCAGAAUCCAGUAACAGCUUUGCCACAUUUAGAAGUGCCCGAUGCAUUUAUUAGUACGCCUGUAUCCAAAUCUAGAAGAGUGUCAAGAUUACUGGAAUCCAUUGUCCAUCCCGUCUUGACAGAGCCUUUACCUCGAGAUGCAGAUUUUGAGAUGAUUGCUGAACGAACUCCUCGUAAAUCUUGCACGUUGAUGACCUCUAGUCCCAUUCAAUCAAAUCUGCGGAAAAUUGCGCAUUUGAGAAACUUGACCAAAGCAUCUGAGUUUAACCUUUUGGAAACGCCUAUUAUAGUAAAGAGGGCAAAAGCUUUGGCUGCAAGCUCAGUGUCUUCUGUUUUUACGGCACAUACACCUCAGUCUAUUUUGAGGUCCAGCACCCGAACUACCCCCCUGGCUUCUCCUUCAGUUUCUCCUGGAAGAUCAAUUACACCUCCUUUACGACCUAGAGAAUCUAAAAUCUCUUUUAUGGAACAGAUCAGUAACAAAUAUGUCAAAGGGGUUUUAACCCCUGACAAGGAUCUGCCAGUGUCCUCCCCUCUAAUAAAAUCUGCGCAGGAUACCAUUUGGCCAGAAAGAAUGGCAUUGUCUCUAAGCAACACUUCUACUAAAGAAGACCUUGACGAGCUGGAUGAAUCUUCAUCUGGUAUCCAGGAUGGGAGUACCAGCAAGGUAGAAGCCAGUAGGGAAGCAAGUAAUAUAUCUGCAAGGUCAGAUCAGACAACACUGGAGUAUCAUGAUGCUCCAACACCUGAAGACAUGGAAGAUGAAGUAGUUACCAUAACUGCUAAAUCGGAGCCUCUCAUCAAUAAAGAGUCCUUGCCUUCUGAAGUAGUCAACUUGGCAAAAGUAGAAAUGCAUCUUCAGGAACUGCAAGAUCAAGAUAAAGAGGAAGCAAAUACUGACCAUCAUUCACUAACUGAAAAUUACCAAGAAACAUUACACCAGUUAACGACGGUGCAGGAAAUUGUUCCUCCACUUCAGUGUGCUUUGGAAGAGGUAGAAGAUAACGCACAGACAGCUGGUAUAGAUCCAGAAUCCUUUUCUUCUACUCGGGACUCUCCAUCCGUUGUUAGUAUUCAUGACUGUGCACUUGCAACAUCUUCACUAUCGGAACAUCUAAAUGAAGAAAAUGAAGUGGUGGAACUCAAUGGAGAUGUUGAAUUACAAGAAGACAAGUAUUUCCUGGUUCAAGGAUACCCUAUGGCUAGAGCUCCACUGUCUCGCUGUGUGGAAGAGUCAAGGCUGUUCUCUAUAUCAAUGCUAGAGCUUGUUUCUCUGUUUGCAGCUCCGCAGUAUAGCAUCCUCAGCCUGGUUUUCAGUGUACCAGGUUCAGACCUCGCUGGACUCUAUAAUUUAGGGGCGCUUGAAAAUGGCCCUUGGGCACUGGCUUUCGGGUGGGGCACUUUCCAGACUCCAUUCUGGAAAAGGUUAGCUGUGGAGCACUUUCCAGAGCCACUGGCAUCAUCUCAGCUCUUGGCCUCUCUGAAGACUUGUUUAGAAAUAAAGGAAAAAGAGGUACCGGAGUUGGAACUCAUGACAAGCAACCAUCUGUUGCAUCCAGCUGUUGAAUUCCAGGUGGAUUACAAUGCUGAAAAUAUUGAAGAUCACAACAGAAGUGAACAGUCUAAUGAUGGCAAUUCUAUGGAAACCGAGGAUGCUGAAGUAGAGAAUGCUGCUAGUAAUUUUACAUUAAUUCUUGAGGAAGAAGGUGAAGCAGAAGAGGAUGAAACUGCCGAUAAAGUGCUUAAAGCGGAUCAUCCUGCAGACACAGAACUUACAACUGUUUCAAAGAUUUCAUUCUCGCUGACUGAGGAAUAUGCCAACCAAGAGAUAAAAAGUACUGACACAUGCCCUGCAAAUGCUUUCACUCUUGUAGAUGGUGAACAAGAGACAAAGAUUAUGGAGACCUUGCCGUACGUGCCCAAGCCAAUUAAGGUAGCUGUAGAAGAAAACUUGCUUGAUGUAUUCAGAGGUACAAGCGUCAAAGAUUUUUCUUCUGAAGUUGAUGAUGAAUCAGCCCAAGAAAAUGAGCCUAUAAAGAAGCGCAGAAGUGUCCACACUUCUAGGACCCCCACUAAAAGAAGGGGGAAAAAAUCAGAAGAUGUUGGAGUUGAGAACAUCAUCCAGGCAGCAACCCCACAAAAAAAAUUGGAUGUUCAAAGUCUUAAAGAAACUCUAGAAACAUCGCCAAAGAAAGACGAAUCUGUAGUUGUUAACCCACAAACCCCACGGAGAACUGUAAGGAAAUCCACAAGAAUAACUGAAGGUACCAGUGCUGAUAUUGAAGCUCCGCUUCCUGUAACUCCCAGAAGAGGAAGAAAAGCCAAAGUAAAUGAAGAAAAGCUAACAGUGUCUACUUCACAAGAGGAACAACCAUCCUCACAAAUUUUUACAAGAAAUAGGAGCCAAGUACCUGAAAAGAAUCAAAAUACUGAAGUGGAGUUAACAAGUGUUGAGGUCACAGUACCACUGCCCCUGUCUCCAGCUAGAACGCGCAGAGGUAAAGCUCCCAUUUUAGAUCAAGUGAACAAAGGAGACGAAGACUUGCUGGAUUUAAAGGUUGGUGUUCUUACACCUACAAGGAUUACAAGAUCUUCUAAAGUUAUACCAGAAGCUGAAAAAGAACUAUUAGCUAAGAAUCCAGAAACUGAAACUGAACAAGUUACCACACCUACCAGAGGUCGUAGGGGAAAGCGUGCUGUUAAUGAGUUGGUCAAGCAAUUUGAGCUUAAUGUCACUCAAACUUCUUACAAAGCAGAUUCUAGCCCACCUGGUUCUCCAAAACGAGUCUCAUUAAGAUGGUCAAGGAUAAAAUCAGAAAAGCAGAUAGACCAUCAAACAGCUGAGCAAGAAAAUACACAGUCACAAGAGCAAAUUGUAGAUACACCUAGAAAAAGCAUGAGGAGAUCUAAGGUCAGCAAACUUGGGGAAGAGUCCACAGACCUUUCUGAAAGAUCUGUCUUACCACCUGAAGAGCCCGCAUUGACCAAAGCGACAAAGCAAGGAAACGUGUCAAUCAGACAGACUAGAAAACGUACCCUUCCUGCAGUGUCAGAAGAAAGUGUAGAGGAAAGGCUGCAUGCUUUGCAGCCAGUGGACAGUCAAGACAUGGUGCCGAAUGCUGAUCCAGAAGAACAGACUAAAAGCAUGCGUAUUACAAGGACUCGAUUAAGUAAUGCUUCUUUGUCUCUGGAUCCCUCCACAGCUUUGUUUGCAUUCACCACACCUACUCCAAGACGAAGAAAGAAUGCAAAAGUUGAACCAGUGGCUCUGUCCAUCUCUCCAGGGUCUAUACAGCCCCCUAUCACUCCUCAGUACAUCUUCUCUCCCCCUUCUUUGAGGACAAGGAGGACAACUAGAAAGGUUCCUCAAGAGCAAAUAAUAAAACGACCAAGGGGAAGACCUCCUAAGCAUAAAGGAAGCAAAGCAGAGAAGCCAGUAGAUAAAGCAACUUGGUCACCUCCACCGGUAGAAAUUCAGCUUCUUUCACCACCAGAAAGUCCAAAUAUUGACUCAGAAGGUGCAAAGUCAGCAUCCACGGAAACCAAAGCACUGAACCAGAAUCAGCAGAGAAAAACCAGGAGAAGAAUAGCAUCAAAGCCUGUAACACGCCGGAAGAUCAGAUGAUUACGAUUUUAUUUUUUUUUAAAUUCUGCAUGUGUAUUAACUGUAAUAUUAAAAUAUAUUAAAACACCACUGGUCUCGGGGAGGAUAAUUUAUAUAAAUUAUUGUAAAUGUUCUUAAAGGUGUAAAUUUAAA